GUUUCACGUUGCUCGGCUCUCUUUUACCAUCUCGAACUAUGUCUCCUUCAAUCUCUACACCAAUUACCGAGCUCUUUGGGAUCAAACAUCCCAUAUUGCUGGCAGGUACGUGUUAUGGCACUGGUGUUACCCUCCUGAGAUGCCCAUGACUUUGUAGGCAUGAACGUUGCGGCUGGUCCUGAACUGGCAGCCGCAGUGACGAAUGCAGGUGGACUAGGUGUUAUUGGUGGGCAUGGCUAUACCCCGAAGGUGCUCAGGCAGCAGAUUCGAGCCAUCAAGGAUGACUUAAAGGAUCCAAAUGCACCGUUUGGGGUCGACCUACUCAUCCCUCAGGUCGGUGGAAAUGCAAGGAAAACAAAUUAUGAUUACCAGAAUGGGAAACUGAACGAGCUUGUUGAUAUCAUCAUUGAGGAGAAAGCCUCUCUUUUCGUCUGCGCUGUCGGUGUCCCGCCACAGGAUAUAGUCGAUAAGUUGCAUGCCGCUGGCAUACCCGUCAUGAACAUGGUCGGACAUCCCAAGCACGUUCCAAAAGCGCUCGCCAUGGGCGUCGAUUUAAUUUGUGCUCAGGCCGGUGAAGGCGGUGGCCACACAGGAGACAUCCCCGCAUCAAUCCUUAUUCCCGCGGUUGUCGACGCAUGCCGGGGACACAUUUCUCCGCUGACGAAGAAGCCGGUGUACGUCAUCGGUGCCGGUGCUGUGUACGAUGGGCGCGGACUCGCCGCAAAUUUAGCGUGGGGAGCACAAGGGGUGUGGGUAGGCACUAGAUUCGUUGCAGCAACGGAAGCAGGUGCACCCAAGGCACACAAAGAUGCCCUGGUAACUGCGGGAUAUGAGGACGCCAUCACGACCUUGAUUUUCACCGGUCGACCCCUCCGAGUCAGGAGAACGCCCUACGUCGAAGACUGGAAUAACAACCGCCAGGCCGAGAUUAAGGAACUAACAUCCAAGGGUAUUAUUCCUGCUACCUGGGACGUUGAACAACACCCAGAGAAGUCGCUGCAGGCUAGAACAUUCUUGAUAGGAAGAGUUGCAGCGCUCAUCAAUGAUGUGCUGCCUGCUCAGCAGAUUGUGGAUGAGAUGGUGUCAGAUGCAGUGAAGAUACUGCAGCACGGCGCGUCGCUAGUUGUGACUAAAGCGAAGCUAUAGGUUACUAUAUAUGAUAUACCUCUACUCUAUGCAUCUGUAGAGUACUUUUCUUCGUCUUAAAGUUUUGUGUGUAGAUCCCAAAUCCGCCCGAUCGUAUUUGUCCCAGAUCACCAUGACGAUCGGUCCACCGUAAUCCAUGCGCACGUGUGAGUACCACGUGAUAUCCCGCACACGUCGCGU